UCAAGCAAAAGCCCGCCACAACCCUUAGGCUAACGGAGACCGAGGCAGCGAACCAGCGAAGGCUCCAAAAAAAGGAGAGGAAUACGAACGUUCGAGAGGACCAAGGCAAUGUAGGUUUCGGCUAUCCGUUCAGAUCGACACGCAGUUACCUGAACAACACGGUCGAACCAGCAACAACAACUAACUGAAGAAGUAACUGAGGCUGAGUAGAUCUACCUCAGCGAGUCGACUUGACCGGCGAUUUGGCCACGGAUUCGGCGCUUUCAAUUGACUCAGACGCGUCUUGUAAACAGAAGCAUGCGAAAAUGAUGAGGAUAACGGAAGAUGAGUGUGACACAUGCGGACACGCUGGCUGAGCAACGGUGAAAAAAGACCGACUGUCGUAAAGGAUAGAGAUUGCGACAUCCCGUUUGGUCAGUAGCCGGGCGUCCAACAUGUUGUAUUGGUGUGUCGUGCGAUCAAUGCAGUAGGCGUUUAUAGUGGUUGAAUUUCACGGUCCAAGACUUUGUGGUAACAAUCAGAUGAGUUCGAUCUAGGAUAAAAAAAAAAAGAUUUCAACGAAGGAUAAGCGUCGAGUUUGAUAACUAGUCAGUUUUCUCCGUUGAGACAGAAAAUAGAAAACUUUCGAAGCAAGUGUGGCUGUCAAUAGUAGUAACAACAAAACAAACGGCAACAAACUGUACCGAGCUCGAGGAAUGACGCUAAGCAAGGCGCUAUAGAACUGUAUAAAAUCUCUGUAUAGUAUAAAUCUGUAUAUUAUAUAGUAUGUAAAGAACUACUGCGGUGUUCAAAUUGAAGGCUAAAAGUCCAACACUGACCGGUUCAUUGAACCGCUUUUCCCGUAAUGCUCUGUUUGAUAUGAUGUGCAGCGUGGGAACGACGUGACUGGCCUUGCGUGUGACAGGGAUGAGAAGUCCCCAUACGACCAAGGUGGCGCCACAGUCUACUUGGUAUAGACCGUACCGUUAAAGCAAGCGUAUGAACCUGAAUGAAAUCAACCUCAUUACGAACUCCAAUUUCGGCGGGAAUGUCGCCAUCUGAAGAUUAAGUUGUAGUGAAAAAAAAAAAAGAAGGCUGUACAUCACAAAAGGCAAAAUAUUUAUUGGACUAGUUGAGCAGUCUAGGGGCUCAGUAAUAUCAGAGGGGCAAAAAGCAAGCACACUCUAAUAGCUUUUACUCGACACAGUUCUUAAGGCGUGUUAUUAGAAAGAACUGCCACUGUACUUAGUAACCUGUACAGAAGGAAAAAUACUUCUCAUAGAUUACUCUAUGUUUAUAUUCCUAGGGCGACAUCUCGAGAACCUGCUGAUCGAUUUGAUUCAGGCGAAUAUUUUCAACAGCAUCCGUGAGUUGUCGGUCAGCCAAUCUGUCCUAUUAAACUCGCAUUCUACUCAACCUCGAAGGUGUAUCCUUCCGCAAAGUUCGGGACAUCGUUUCGCACCAGUGCGUUACUCGUAUCUGGGAAAUACGUGAUACGGGCCAUCACGCUGUCGGUUUGUUUCAGUAACAUUUGUUAGCUAAAAGAACGUUAUUGUCGUAAAACAUUGCCUCUACGGGUUGACUACUGACUUUUUUGUGCUGUCUCGUAGAUCGACUGAUUGGACUAUAUGGAAACAAAACUGUAUUUAUUACAGCUGCAACGAUAGUCUGUGUUGCUGCUAUCAUUGCAUUUCGUUUGUGUGUAACUUCAACCAUAAUAGGCUCUGCAUGUGCCGCGUUUGAUCGUUCAGGCAACUUGUGUCUGCCAGAAAAAGAGUUCAUAUAGCUAUUGUGGUUGCUUGAUCAGUCGUGUCUUUCUGGCACGUUGUGCGAGCGAAAAAACCGAGUACUGGCUGCGGCUGUCAACGUGAUAAUUGAGACGGACGCACAGUGACACGCCCGGCGUGCGCAGACACAGAAGAGGGGUACUAUCCAGCAUAAAGAGGUAACGGAGGAAAGAAGAACCUUGGUAGCUAGUUUGUGAAAACAAGCGGAACUCUCCCUCUUUUACCGGGUCCGCAGCAACGUCAGCGUCAUGACAGGAGGAUGGGAUUCAGUGUCUACAGGCAUAGGGAAAGCAGUUCAGCACCUUAACGUUUGAAAUCCACCAGAAACGAAAGCUUACGAAUUGAGGUUGAAACUAACACCGACACGGGAGCGCGGAAAGACGAGAAGGUCUUUAAUCGAGCGCCUACGACACUCGUAUCGUAGAGCUCGGCCUAUUGAGCGCCCGUGCGAAAACUCUGCCGUUAUAACAUCAAAGGUCUUUAUGGAUAGUAAACGGCAACUGAGAACAGGACGGGACGGAGGAAGCCUUCAAUUGCAAUUAUUUUGUAUUGGGAUAGCUGCAACGCUAAUCUGCAAUUCUACAGGCUGUUCCUACCAGCAAAUUGCCCGUUGCACAGAGCCCGUUCAGAAGGAACUGGGCAGUGACCGGUUGAGUCUCGCAUCUACUCUGCAGGAUCUUCGGCUCUAUUGCAGCCGCAUGGCUACAGCGCACAGUUGCAUCGAAGAGGAGAUCAGCAAGUGCUCGCAACAGGUACAAGAUAAUUACCGCAAGGCCAUAAAGGCUGAAACUACUGUUAUAGAAGAAGUUUGCACUCCAGGGGAGGCGCAAGAUGAGGAUCUGUACAUCCAUAUCUCUGAUGACUACAACAGCCUGCCGCGUCAGUAUCUGCAACAUGCGCCGUGCUUCAAAGCGAUGCUUCUCGAAGGUGGAGCCUGUCACGACCCGUACGCUCGGUUAAAAGCUGUCACAGUCGCCCUGGACCCCCCAUCUGGACAUCGCCAACAACAGGAUGAGUCAACGGCGCCGUACAGUGACGGCAAGAAUUCUGCUAAACGUCAGGGACCUGCCAACGUCGGACAAAAACACUACCUGAUUACUAAUCAGAUUAUCGCUGACAUGUGUUGUGAAUAUCAUGCACUACACGCGUGUUAUAUGGCAAAUACCGAGGUAGCAUGCGGAGCUAAAGCUUUAGAAGUCUCUCUACAGUCGCUCAACAAGCUCAACGGAGGAAUGCAGGAUAGCUGCGCUAAGGUCAAACGACAUUGUGCAGGUCAUGUCGUCAGCUCUUCAGCCUCAGGAUCGGGUGGCCAAAACAUUUUGAAGACUAUCUACAAUCUUCUGUCUCAACUUCCUACCAUUUUGUGGUAACGGUCUGCGUUAUGGAACGAACUGAGUGAAGCCUGCUCACAGCUGCAACGUCGAUAAUGCUCUAAGUUUCGUGUGCUAAAUUCACAUGACGCAACGUAAUCUUUGUUGGAAUUCGAGCGACAAAAGCUUCUGUUCGAAGUCCAGAAGGGUUGGUGAGCGUUGAAAUAAAGCCGUCAUUAUUUUUCAGUCCCUUGAACUUCAGAUCCAGUGGGCGUCUAAUUAUCGUAAUAUGCUUAGGUUAUAUUUUCCCCUUAUUUUUCUAACAUGUACUAGAGCUAUGCUGCAAUGUUCUUUGUGUAGCAUUCUACAAUGAUUCUAUAGUAGUGUCCCCAGGAUGUACUCAAUCCCCUUUCUGAACACAGCUGUGAUUGUUUGUUAUACGAAGUUAUAGUGCCGUAUCUUAGAUAUCUGCUAAUCUAGAAGAAAAGACAGUUCACCUAGAUCGGAUCCUGUAUGUUAAAUCAGGAACUUUAGACGCCAAAUUAAGCGCUGUAGUGAUCGGUAUACCUCGAAGCCUUUGUCCUUUUUUCGGCCGAAAAACUUCAUUUAAACGUUCAUUUAAACGGUUAAAGGGUUCAUUUAAACGUUUUGUGAACGUAUACUAUGCAUCGAAGGCUGACUCAUCAAUCAAUCGAUCACCCACCCACAAAUGGAAUGAGUUAGUGUUGGUUGGAGCCCGGCGUCCGAAGCAGUGCUUAACUGUGCUCGUACGGGACGUAAAUGAAAAAACGUUAAUCUUAGAUAAAUUAAAAGAGGGUAACCGAGUAAGCAAGAUGUGAUAGAUUAUCGCUUGAGCCGCCGCGGAACUGAUGUGUAUUAACGGACGAAGUUCAGUGCUGUGUAUUAAAGAGAACUACCCAAAGUUAGCCAGUAACAAGGUGUACCGUAUGACUGACCAUGGUAACCUGUAAUUACCGCAUUAUUAUUUCAAAUUACAAUCGUUUUACUGGUUUUUUUUUCAAGAAAAUAUAUCUGCAAAUGUUAGGUUAGAUGCUAAAUGCGAUUCAGUAGUAAAGUGUGUACCAUGAACAUUAUGAUGCCGCUUGAUCGUAAGUUGUACUAUAUAUAUAUAUAUAUAUAUAUAAAUCAAAAAUAAAAACAGUUAGUCACGUAACCGUGUAAAUAGAACAUGCAAUAUACAUAAAGCAAACUCAAAUUAUAAACCAAAUCGAGCUCGAUAAUAAUCAUAAUCCUAAGUGGUAAUUACCAUUAUAUAUAGUAUAGUAUAGUAUAGUAGCGGUUUUGCGUAGCACACGCUUGUUGAUACGCUUUUGUUGGCUACAUGCUCGUGAAGGAUGCAUCGAAGUAUAAUGCGUUCUCGCUGAGACACGUACGAGAAAGAACAAUUUCUUUCUCCUUAGUUAUUUUUCUAUCAAUGAAAUGAUGCAGAGCCUUUGCGUCUUCCUUGCGCGUACUCCGUUCACUAGAAAUGCGUGUCAGCUGUGACAAUGCCAACAGUAGUAACAAUAACCCCAGUCGUUGCGCGGUCCUAUUCAACAAUGCGUGUGUUACCGAACACAACGAGGCCAUAACAUCUGGAAGAAGUCCUGUUCAGCUACAUGAUUCUGAGUUUAAAGUUCAGCUAGAUUAACUUAUAUUGUAAUAGUUGUAAUUAAAAUAGGUGAAAUAAAUAUAUGUUAUAUAGUGUGU